AUGGGGAAACAGAACAGCAAACUGACCCCUGAGGUGAUGGAGGACCUGGUGAAGAACACGGAAUUUAACGAGCAUGAACUCAAACAGUGGUACAAAGGCUUCCUGAAGGACUGCCCCAGUGGCCGUUUGAACUUGGAUGAAUUCCAGCAGCUGUAUGUUAAGUUUUUCCCUUACGGUGACGCGUCAAAGUUUGCGCAGCAUGCCUUCAGGACCUUCGAUAAGAAUGGAGACGGGACCAUUGACUUCAGGGAGUUCAUCUGUGCCUUGUCCAUCACUUCACGGGGAAGCUUUGAGCAGAAACUCAACUGGGCUUUUAACAUGUAUGACCUGGAUGGAGAUGGCAAGAUCACGAGAGUGGAGAUGCUGGAGAUUAUUGAGGCAAUCUACAAGAUGGUGGGAACUGUUAUCAUGAUGAAGAUGAAUGAGGAUGGCUUGACGCCUGAGCAACGGGUCGACAAAAUCUUCAGCAAAAUGGAUAAGAACAACGAUGACCAAAUCACGCUGGAGGAAUUCAAAGAGGCAGCGAAGAGCGACCCAUCCAUUGUAUUAUUGCUCCAGUGUGACCUGCAGAAAUGA